CGGCCACGGCGGUGACGCACCCUCCGGCCGCGAGAACUUUCAGAGCUUUUGUCGCCUUCGAGGAUGUUUGCUGCUGCCGCGCCGUAAACGUCCCUGUUUUGAGGCUGUUGGAGAAGGGAGAAAAAAAUCCCUGCCAGGGCACGUCUGAACUGUGACAGCCCCGCCCAUUACUAGUCCUGUGGUUUUGCACCUGCCUCACCACCCCUGCCACUUUGAGCGCAAAACCUUCCAGGAGCUCCUCUACCUGCACUGCAGCGUUUACUCAGCCCUGACUCCUGAAUCCUCCCCUGCUCUCCUCCUGUCUCCUCCGCGACUCCUCUGAGGCAUCACGCUGUGAACAGGUAUGCAACAUGAGGGCUGUCUGUGAGCAGCAACUGCAGCCCACCCGCAACUGAUGAAGACGCAGCGGUGAGAAAGAGGAGAAAUCGGUGCAGCCGGGAGCGGAGAUUUGGUGAGUGUUUCAUGUCAGGGGACAGAAAUCCGCGCGUGUCCUUGCACAACGGGUACACGCGCUAAGUAACGGGAGGAGGUGGACGUAAACAUGCAAUAAGUGACAGUGGCAACCAGGUAGUGUACUACGCAAGAGCGCUCCCUCCGGACCUCCUCACUGAACUUUACCCGCUGAGCUUUGACGCGAUGGCUGCUGCUGCUGCUGCUGCUCUGGGGGAAGUUGGAGGCGUCUUGCACGGCAUCGAUGGUGUCCCACAGGUCGGGUCCCAUUUCUACCUGACCCCUCUUGGGGACAGUCCGACGCUUCUAGGGGAGCACCUCCUGCCUGGGGACAGGCUCUCCCGGAGCACCACGGCGGAUCUAACGCACCUGAAAGGGAUUCUCAGGAGGAGACAGUUGUACUGCAGAACUGGGUUUCAUCUGGAAAUACUUCCGGAUGGCACAGUGCAAGGGACGAGGAAGGACCACAGUCGUUUUGGUAUUUUGGAAUUCAUAAGCCUCGCUGUUGGGUUGAUAAGCAUUAGAGGGGUGGACAGUGGACUCUAUCUGGGGAUGAACGACAAAGGAGAGCUGUAUGGCUCUGAGAAGCUCACAGCUGAAUGUGUCUUCAGGGAGCAGUUUGAGGAGAACUGGUACAACACAUACUCUUCCAACCUGUACAAACACGGAGACAAAGGGACACGUUAUUUUGUGGCAUUAAACAAAGACGGGACACCAAGGGACGGGACUAAAUCCAGGCGGCACCAGAAAUUUACACACUUCCUGCCCAGGCCUGUGGACCCUGACCGUGUGCCAGAGCUGUACAGGGAUAUCCUGGGACACAGCUGAGAGCUGGAGGCCCGGUCCAGUUCAGGAAUAGCUGCUAAAGCCCUGGCAGGCAGGGAGCAGAGGAGAGAAGAGAAGAGGGACGCAGGCAGGGAUGUGGUCCGGUGCAGGCUGGUGGACAGCAGCCCGAUCGGCAGGGAUAAAGGCACCGGGGGCCUCUUGUAGGAAUGCACGGGCCAUCUCUCAGCAGCCAGGAAGACGGGCUAGAAUGUCUGCACGCUCGGCAUGAGGGGGGCGUUUGUUUCAGAGGCCGGACGACCCUAAAAAGUACCUGCGUGGAAUAGGAGACGAAUGGGAAACGGAGCUGAAUGAUCAGAGAGCAUCUCCCCUCUGGUCAGAUGGGGACGUCAGCUGAGUCCGUGGGAAUCAUGAGAUGGUACUUUUAAUUUGGGUCCUGUAUCAGAGAGCCGUCGCUUGUUCAGAAGGACUUUGAAGGAAUUCUGUUUUUUCUUACCUGUGUCUAAACCUGUUUGAAAAGAGCAAAAGUGUAACGAUUUAUUUAUUCAUUUUAGAUACAUAUAUUUAUGUUAUAUAUUUAUUUAUUUGAGAAUAUAUUUUUACAGUUAGAUACAUUAAAAUAUAGAAAAACCACUAGAAACUGUAUCGAUUAUAUAAAGACUGAGACACUGUACCAUUAUGUCUUUUAUUCUGAAAAAAAAAAAAGCUAUUGAUAUACUGUAAUAUGACCAAAAGUAUGAAACAUAUUGGCAACUUUUGAAAAAGAUCCCCACGUCUGAAAUGCUCUUUAUUACAAUAUGGCAACUGUGAAUCCAUUUUUAAAAGAAUCUUUGUAACACUGACGUAUUAAUUCUGACCAAACUACUAUUACAUGUGUUGCAGGAGGAAUUGAAGUCAACAAACUGACAGUACAAUCAAUAAAUUGCUCAAAAUGUGAUUAAAAUCAUUUUUUGUCAGCCUAUAUGAACAUAGAUGAAGGUAUUAUCACCAAUAUUCACAACAUUUUUAAU